GUAGACCGAAGAUUGGGAUUGGAAUGCCGCGAUGGAAGAGUGCGCAGUGUCCGGACGCAACCUGUCACUCCGCUCCUUGCUGACUCCCCAGGCUUCACGCCCAAUAUCCGUAGAAGCUUCUAGAAGCACUCUCCCCGCUCCAGCUCCAUCAGCCCAGCCAGCCCAGGUCGACGCGGCGUGCUGAUCCCUGCCGCUUCCUCCGCGGCGGCGCGAAGGAUGCUGGCGGCGUCCAGGGUCUGGUCUAGGUCCGCGUCGCCGUCCUCGCCGGUUUCCCCGCACUCUGCAGCGGCGGCGGCGAGCUCCCUUCUGCAGAGGUCCGUGAUGCAGGUCUCUCCGAAAUCGCAGGCGCCUCCCGGUCUAGCUGGCACGGGGGAUCGCGCGGCCGAUGCGCCGCCUCCGCCGUGCUCUUCUUCAGGCGAUUUUAGGGAAGAGCAUGCCAGCAGCAGACGAACAAAUCAAAGACAUCCACUGCCUAAUCGAGGCAAGUUGAUCGGAGGGAACCACCAUGUUCUGUAUGGAAGUUAUCUUCCACAAAACCAACAGAGAUGCAGAUACUAUUCGUCUUCUUCUGACCAAGAGAGAAUGAUUGUAAACAGGAUUAUACAUGAUCUGCCAAGGUUUGUGAAAAUUGUAGAAGUUGGACCGCGAGAUGGACUGCAAAACGAAAAAGAUACAGUGCCCACACCUGUAAAGAUUGAGCUCAUAAAGAGGUUGGCAACCUCUGGAUUAUCAGUUGUUGAGGCAACGAGUUUUGUCUCCCCGAAAUGGGUGCCGCAGCUAGCUGAUGCAAAGGAUGUUAUGGAAGUGGUUCGGAAUAUUACGGGUGUAAACUUUCCUGUAUUGACUCCAAACCUUAAGGGAUUUCAAGCAGCUGCCGCAGCAGGUGCAAAAGAAGUUGCAAUAUUUGCAUCAGCUUCUGAAGCAUUUUCCAAGUCAAAUAUAAACUGUUCAAUUAAAGAGAGCCUUGCCCGCUAUAAUGAUGUUGCUCUUGCAGCAAAAAAACAAGAAAUUCCUGUGCGAGGGUAUGUUUCUUGCGUGGUUGGAUGCCCAGUAGAAGGUUCAGUACCACCUUCAAAUGUAGCCUAUGUUGCCAAAGAGCUUUAUGACAUGGGCUGCUACGAGGUUUCACUUGGUGAUACAAUUGGAGUUGGUACUCCAGGCACGGUUGUUCCAAUGCUUGAGGCAGUUAUGUCGGUUGUUCCCGUUGAAAAGCUUGCGGUCCAUUUCCAUGACACCUAUGGCCAGUCUCUUUCGAACAUCCUCGUCUCUCUCCAGAUGGGCGUCAGUGUCGUGGACUCCUCUGUCGCUGGUCUUGGUGGCUGCCCCUAUGCGAAGGGUGCAUCAGGGAAUGUUGCCACCGAGGACGUCGUAUACAUGCUAAACGGGUUGGGGAUCAAGACAGGCGUCAAUCUGGGCAAGGUAAUGGCAGCCGGCGAGUUCAUCUGCAAGCAUCUGGGGCGCCAGUCUGGGUCCAAGGCAGCGACCGCCCUGAGCAAGGUUACAGCCAGCGCCUCAAAACUAUGACUAUGAGGCUGCUCUUACUGUCGUUACUCUGUAACAUCUUCAUCCGAUGCCUGUUAAUUCUAAACCCUUUCCUGCAAUGUUUGUUCGUGACCACCUGUUGCAGAAUAUACAUGUACAAUACCAACACAAAUAAAAUUACGUAUAAAAGAAUAAAAGAAUGUGUCUUUUUUUUCUGUUGAUCAUCUACCUACGGCCAUUCUCUCGGCUGUGUGAUUCAGCUGUAAAAUCUCUUGUACUCACAACACUUAUUAUGGAUCGAAAGGAGUACACAUUUUUGUUACUGUUA